AUGGGUCCUAUGGCUUUCGCCGCUCCUAUUUUCUCCACAAUUGUUACUGCGACAGAAGGAAUUUAUUACAAUUAUUUUGUGCAGGGAUCCAUGGGACCAUCUCCGGCAGUCAUGAUACAUUCGGACCCUCAACUGGCCAUUGCUAGUGACUCAGAGCUCACAAAGCCUUAUCAUCCGGUGUUGAUGAUGGCAAAGUCGAAGUUCAGUGCACGAAUAGUUCAUGCCAAGCUUCCACCAAAGUUAAAAAUGCCAUCUACGGUUAAAAAAUAUGAUGGCACUACAGAUCCAGAUGACCAUAUGUUCGAGUUUGAUGGGGCUGCACGAGUCAAACAAUGGUUAAUGUCGGCUUGGUGUUUUAUGUUCGCUUAUACUUUAACCGGGGCAACUCUGGUAUGGUUUGAUGCACUUAACAAGGGCGAAAUCAACGAUUUUGAGGAGCUUCGGAGGUUGUUCCUCCAAAAUUUUAGCCAUCAAAGGGAUUACUCAAAAGAGAUCACUGAAGUGCAUAAUAUCAGGAGAUGGGACGAAGAGUCACUUGACAGUUUUAUUGACAGUUUUAAUCGAGAAAGUAUGCAAAUCAGUGGAGUGGUGGACCAACUGCGGGUCUCCGGCUUUUGCCACGGAGUCCGAAACAACCAGCUGGUAGAAAAAUUACAUAAGAAUCUCCCCAAGAUGAUGGAAGUAUUGAUAGAGCGUGCCCGAGCAUUCGCUAGGGGAAAGAACGCUUGUAGCUCAAUGACUGAGCCAGAACAAAGAAUGUCUUCCUGGAAGAAGAAUGGAGGUUCCGUCUUUGAUAAACCUCCGGUCGGAAACAGGGGACGAAUGCACCCUUAUAAAAGGAAUGAUCGAGCCCCACGGGGAAGAGGUGCUAAUCCACGAUUCUAUAACCUGUCAUAUCUUUUGAAAACUCCUAGCGAGAUCCUCGUCACUGAUGGAGCAAGCUUCCGAACACCACCCAAGCUCCGGACCACAGGCGACAAGAACUCCAUAAAGUACUGUCAUUACCAUCAGCAAAAGUCCACAAUACAGAUGACUGUUGGUCUCUAA